CGUGGGAGCCGCGCGGUGAGUGCGGGCCCCAGACUCGUGCAGACUAUGACAAACACUGCAGGAAGGAUAGAAGACUCAUCUGGGUCUAAUACAAAGUCUGACUAAGGAGUUCACAUCUUAUGUCUUGGGGUCUUCAGGAAUUUGGUGAUGAACUUGGAAUCACUGGCUCCGGCGGAGGAUUCAGAAUGGGAGACAAGCCUAUUUGGGAGCAGAUUGGAUCCAGUUUUGUACAACAUUACUACCAGAUAUUUGAUACAGACAGGACCCAUUUAGGAUCCCUGUAUAUUGAUGCAUCAUGCCUUACCUGGGAAGGGCAGCAAUGCCAGGGCAAAACAGCUAUAGUUGAAAAACUCUCCAGCCUUCCUUUUCAAAAAAUACAGCACAGCAUCACAUCACAAGACCAUCAGCCCACGCCUGACAGUUGUAUACUCAGUAUGGUUGUGGGACAACUUAAGGCUGACGAAGAUCCUAUCAUAGGAUUUCACCAGAUAUUUAUAUUAAAGAACAUCAAUGAUGCCUGGGUUUGCACCAAUGACAUGUUCAGGCUAGCACUGCACAACUACGGCUGAGCUGGUACCCCCAAGGCACCUGUGCUUUCUCUUUCUCCUCUCCUUUACUGAUAUAUUCACACUCACGGAACAUUCCAAAUAUCAUACACAAACCUGCAACACCGCAGUGAGCGAGCGAGCAAGAUCCAUGACCUGCCCUUCUGCCAAGUUUACGUUGUGUCACUAGAUGAGUUUCUUGUGCAUGAUGUUUGGAAGUUAGACUUAGCUGCAUUUGACAAGAGAAAUGUGUGUUGUACCAGCAUGCCUUGGAAAGAAUCCAAAAUGCAAAAGGUUGUCUCUUUAUGUACUGACCAGUUGCUCUAAUAACCCAAAGAAAUGAAAGGAAAGAACAGCAGCCUGUACAGCCCAGAUACUGAUUUGUUCAGCUGUCUCAAUGCUACAUUAUACAAUAAUAAAACCAUGAGAUUUUCUUAACAGUUUAAA